CGGAACGCGCAAGAACUCCGCACGCGCUUCGGACGGCACGGCGCUGAACGAAAAUUUACACACCGACCCCAUGAAUGUGCCGCCGGCUAACCAUCUCCGACGCUAACCAGCAGGCAGCACGUGGGUAAUUUCCAGUGUGACAGUGAAGUGAGACGAAAAAGUGAUUUAUUGGAGAGUGUGUAAACAGUGCGCGACGGUGACUCGAUUACACACAACCCCGAAAUAGUGGUGCGGGCAGCGCGAGUUCAUGGCUCAGCCACGGGUGUAACUUGUAGAGGACAGGCGGAAAGAUAGUGACGCGAAAUUUCGCCAUGGAUGUCCUACAGAAAAACUACGACGAUGGCAUCCACCCGGGCUACAUGGACAGCGGCGCCGCGGGCGGUAUGUACGAGCCCCAUGUGGCGCAUCGGCCCAGCAUCCCGGGUCUGCACCAUUCGCCGCACCUGAACCACGCCAUGCAUCCGUACCACGCAAACCAUGUGAACCCGACGGCGAACCAUGUUAUGGGCGGCGCGGUGCCAGACGUCGGCAAACGCGACAAAGACGCCAUCUACGGACAUCCCCUCUUCCCCCUAUUAGCCCUAAUCUUCGAAAAAUGCGAGCUGGCAACGUGUACGCCUAGGGAGCCCGGGGUUGCCGGUGGAGACGUAUGCUCAUCCGAGUCAUUUAACGAAGACAUAGCCGUUUUUUCUAAACAAAUACGACAAGAAAAACCUUAUUAUAUAGCCGACCCCGAAGUAGACUCAUUAAUGGUCCAGGCCAUACAAGUACUUAGGUUUCAUCUGCUCGAGUUAGAAAAGGUUCAUGAAUUGUGUGACAAUUUCUGUCACAGGUAUAUUAGUUGUUUAAAAGGCAAAAUGCCCAUAGACUUAGUGAUAGACGAGAGGGAUAGUGGCAAACCGCCCGAACUGACGGGCUCGACGAAUGGCGACGGAGGCACACGAAGCAAUGCGGAUUCCACCUCGCACACGGAUGGAGCCAGCACGCCAGAUGUCUAUUGUUUCUGAUUGCAGCGACCCCCAUCGUCGUCGCUGAGCUACGGGGGUCCUGUGAACGACGACGUCAGGUCGCCCGGGACGCCUGGACCCCUCUCGCAGCCGCCCGCCUCGCAGCAAAGCCUCG